AGAAAGUACAAACACCUUAUUAAAGUGCCAUGGCUCUGUAACUGGCCAUAUCCUUCCUUCCUCUCCCCAAGAAAAUCAUUCAGAAUUUUAGCAUAUAGGCAACAAGGCCCUCUGCUCUGCUGAACCCCAUCCUCCUUUCCAGAAACCAACCAGAAAAUGGCGUUCAGAGGCUACUGCCAUCCUCACCCUUCUUCCUCCAUGGCCACCACCGGCCCGAGAUUCGGCGCGAGGAGGCCGGCGGCAGCCCUGAGCUUCAGAGCCUCUGCAGCCCAUGGAUGCAACCAGCCAUCCUCGCACCUCUCCUUUGCUGCACCAACCAGCAACAAGGUGUUCGAGGACCAGGUGAGAGGGAUCGUGUGCUACAGGGACGACAAGGGAGAGCUCGUCUGCGAGGGCUACGACGAGGGCCCGAGGCUCGGAAUGCGGCUGCCGGAGAAGGCCUGCUUCCCGUGGCCUGUGGGAGUCCAGGUCACCGAUUUCAUCCGCCUCGCGACGCUUCGGGUCUUCGAGGACGGCGCCGACGACGGUCUUCUGCGCAAGAACGAUCAGAAGUGGCAGCUCUGAAGUCUGAACUGAUCAAGGGGUGGGGGGCACCGAUCAAGUAAGAGCAAUAAUUGGAAUAACCGGAAGCACAGCCAUGUGUGCCAAAUGCCCUGCUUAACUAGCAGUGAUAUUUUAUUCUGCAAACAGCCUGGUUAAUAUCACCCGAAUUACUUCUGCUUUGCUUUUGUUGUACGUACUAGCAUACGAAUCAGUUAUAAGACUCUUUGUAUACAGAAACAGUUAGAAAGGUUUCUGAAAGGGUGAGAUCUUGAUA